AUGGCGGACACCCUGUUAAUUGCUGUUUGUAUAUCGUUAGUUCCCUGGGUAAGUGCAAACCCUGCGGGCUGUGUGGCCAAGCCCGGGAAUCUGGAUUCCGUCAUACCGACUCAGUGUACGUCUGGGUCAUUCUCAACACCUCUGUCCCGCUCCUCUUUUACAACCUUGUCUUGGCAGAGACUGGAAUUUGUCGAGUAUCAGAGUUCUUUCACAUCCAGUCAUUUCACCGGAUUUUCAGGAGCUUCAACAUCCACGUUUAGUCCAGAUUUUCCUAUUACGGUUACCAUAAAAUGCAAAUCUGGAAUUUCAACUUUUUCCUUUGCCGCCAAUGCGUUUUCGCAGUUUACAAGCGCACAGGAAGUGACGAUCAUAAAUUGUCCCAUAACAUCGUUUCCAGCCUCAGUAUUCAACGGACUGACUUUAAGUAAGCUAACCAUUCAGGGUGGGAAAAUAACAACAAUAGACGCGGGAACAUUCACGGGACUGACCAUAACAAAAAUGAAUAUCACAUCAGAGGAAAGCGGACUCAUCAUCAGGGAUUGUCCAAUCACAAAUACGCUUCCAGUAGGUCUUUUUGAAUCUCUGACGUCAGUGGAAUUUCUCAUCCUGGAGGGAACUAAUCUGGACUACAUUGCAACUACUACAUUCACCAACUUGACAAGUCUCCACUACCUGAGCUUGGCCAAUAACAGACUGACAAAUAUAUCAUGGGGGAUCUUCGAUGAACUACGAGCGCUUACUGAAGUCAACAUGGAGGGUAACAAUUGGGCCUGUACUUGCGAUGAUCUCUGGUUUCUGGAUUACAGCCUUCAGCAAGACCUCAGGCUUAGCGGUGGGCCUUUAUGUGACACACCUACAGAAUAUAAUUAUAAGCGUGCAACAAAAUAUUGGGAUGAAGUCUGUCCUAAGAUGGAUGCUUGCGAAUACAGUCUAGGUUAUGCUAUGGGUCCAGGUACUUGUGUUGUAAUGGCGGAUUUGGUUAGUUAUGGUAUUGUGGUGAUUACAAUCAUCAUUGCUACCAUCGCCCUAAUCAUCAUUUGUAAGGUACGUCGCGAUCUGAGGGGUGUACAAGACAGAUUGAAAAACAAGAGGGCCACUUCGUGGGGCCGUGUGCAGGAGAUGAUGAAGAAGAAAGAGGCAAAUGGAGGGGCGUCACAGAAACCGCCAUUUCCUCCCAAAGCAGGCUGGGAAAAAUGA